AUGACGGUGUCUUCGUCCCUGUGCUUGUUUUUAGAUGCAGGAACUAAGGAGAGAGGUAAAAUGGGAGUGUUGACAUUCAGGGCUGUGGCCAUAGAAUUCUGUCCAGAAGAGUGGGAAUGCCUUCAUUCUGCUCAGCAACAUUUGUAUAGGAAUGUGAUGUUAGAGAACUACAGAAACCUUUUGUCAUUAGGUUUUGCUGUUUCCAAGUCAGAAUUGAUUACCUGUCUGGAGCAAGGAAAAGAGUCCUGGAAUGUGAAGAGACAGGAGACAGCAGCCAAACACCUAGGUAGGUGGAAGUGAAUGAAGCAAUUGACACAAAUGAGAGUUCCCAGUGUGAAGGAGGGAGCCAGACUUUUAAACAUGGUUUGAGAGGCUCUCCACCAAUGGAAAUAAUUUCUGAGUAGCCUGUAUUUCUUUCUCUUGUUUUGACAUAAGGGCAUCUUUCGUCUCAUUCUCAUUAACUUUCUAAGCAAUAUACUUCCCCGUCAGUUAUGGUAUUUUUGUUUGUUUGUUUUUUAGUUUAUAGUGAUAGUGAAAGAUUUACUCAUAACUUAAAAUAAUGUGUGAUUUGAAUGUUCUUCCAUUGCGUUGGGAGAAGCAGUAAUAUCUGUAUUUUGAGAAACAAAGUUAAACAAUUUUUAAUUUUUGUUGGAUAAUGUCUAAAAUAUAUGAGAGUUAUGGUGAU